AUGACUUACACAAACGGAAAUGCAAACGGGCACAACGGACAUGCCACCACCCCCACUCCCGCUGCAACCCGGCUUCGAAAGAUGCUCACGGAAAGCGAUGAAUUGAUUGUCAUGCCGGGUGUCUAUGAUGGUUUCAGCGCUAGAAUCGCGCUGGAAGUUGGAUUUGAUGGCCUCUACAUGACGGGCGCCGGAACAUGCGCUUCCAAGCUUGGACAGCCAGACUUGGGCUUUGCCUCACUUAAUGACAUGAGAGAGCAUGCUGAAAUGAUUGCCAACCUGAACCCCCGCAUCCCUCUGAUUGCUGACGCUGACACGGGUUACGGCGGGCCCAACAUGGUUGCUCGCACGGUGGCGCAAUACCAUCGCAGUGGUGUCGCGGGUCUGCACAUUGAGGAUCAGAUCCAGACCAAGCGUUGUGGACACCUCGGGGGCAAGGAGAUUGUUAGCGUCGAUGUCUUCCAGCAGCGCAUCAGUGCGGCCGCUGCGGCUCGGGACAAGCUGGCGUCUGACAUUGUCAUCGUUGCCCGAACAGAUGCUCUACAGACAGAUGGCUUUGAAGAGGCUGUCCGUAGGCUGAAGGCUGCAGUCGCUGCCGGUGCUGAUGUUGCGUUCCUCGAGGGCGUGACCACAAAGGAAGAAGCUCGAGAGGUGUGUCGGCUGCUCGCACCGACCCCAGUCCUUCUAAACAUGGUUGAGAAUGGAGCAACACCAUCUUGGACUGUAGCUGAAGCGAAGGAGCUAGGAUUCAGAAUCAUCAUCUAUCCCUUUGCAGCCCUCGCCCCGGCAUAUGAAGCUAUUCGUAACACAUACUUGCGCAUUAAGGAGACUGGUGUGACGGAUAUCGACCCAACGUUUACCCCUAAGAAGUUGUUCACUGUUGUAGGCUUGAAGGAAGCGACAGCGGUAGAUGUUGCAGCUGGAGGGCAGCUGUACGAAAAGGUGUAA